AACGUGGAUUGAUGACUUUCGAUGUUUAAUUGAUGAAGAAUAUUUUCCCCGACAUAAUAAAAAUAAUUUAACAAAUUAAUACAGAUGUAUAAAGCUGCUCCCUAGCUGUUGGAUGAAUCUACCUGUGCCAAACAUUUUGUAAGAUGGAAGAUAAUGGGGAGACUAAAUGUUUAACGACUCGCCAAAUGGAUGAAUGCACAAGAAUGGCUGCCUCUGAAGGCUUGGAGGAAGGAGAGAUUGAAGGGGAAACGUUGUUGAUCGUGGAAUCUGAGGACCAGGCCUCAGUGGACCUUUCCCACGAUCAGAGUGGCGAUUCUUUGAACAGCGAACUUGGCGAUGAAGGGGAUGUGUCCUGGGUGGAAGAGUUAUCCUAUUAUUGUGACAAAUGCCUGAAGUGGAUACCAGCAACUCAGUUGAGGGGAGAGCACCCCAGUUAUGUGCGAGGUGAUAACUUCUUCCGAUUUACUUGUUCGGACUGCGCCGAAGAUCAGAAGGAGCACUACGAGAGACUUAAACUCACGUGGCAGCAGGUUGUGAUGUUGGCCAUGUAUAAUUUAUCAUUGGAAGGGACUGGUCGCCAAGGCUACUUCCGUUGGAAGGAGGAUAUUUGUGCUUUUAUUGACAAACACUGGGCAUUCUUACUGGGAAAUAGGAAGAAGACGUCAACCUGGUGGAGUACUGUGGCUGGCUGCCUCUCCGUGGGCAGCCCUGUGUAUUUCCGCUCGGGUGCUCAGCAGUUUGGUGAACCAGGCUGGUGGAAGCUGGUGCACAACAAGCCUCCUAUCCUGAGGCCAGAAGGGGAGAGGCCGUCAAGCACCUCACUGAAGGCCAGAGCUGUCAGGCCACCAUUGGAUCCCAUCAUCACGGUGGAAGGGCUUCGUAAGCGGGCGAGCCGCAACCCUGUGGAGUCGGCCAUGGAGCUGAAGGAGAAGCGCUCGCGCACACAGGAGGCCAAGGACAUCCGACGCGCUCAGAAGGAGGCGGCCGGCUUCGCGGACCGCAGCACCUCGUCCACCCCGGUCAAGCUGAGUGGUCGCGGGCGCAGGGCUGAGCUGGUGCUGGAGAAAGGCGAGGUGAUCGACUUCUCUUCCCUCAGCUCCUCGGACCGCACUCCCCUCACCAGCCCUUCCCCCUCCCCCCCAUUGGACUUCUCUGCACCCGGAACGCCGCUCUCUCACUCAGCCACUCCCAGCCUUCUAUCAGAAGCAGACCUCAUUCCCGACGCCAUGCCGCCUCAGGCACUCUUCCACGAUGAUGAGGAGGGUGAUCCGGACAGCGUCAUUGACCCCGGGAUAGAGUACGUGCCCCCUGCCAACGCGCCCACUGGCGCCCCCAUAGUUGGCAGGAAGAAAGUGAAGGCACCCGAGCAGAUCAAGCGAGAGGCUGAGGAGGAGGAAGAAGAGAGAGUGGAGAAGGUGGAGGGUGACGUAGAGGAGCCGGAGGAGGGCAUGGAGAUGUCGCAGGGCAGGGCUCGCGAGCGGAAGAAGGGGCCAGCGGAGAGGGAGGAGCAUACAACCGUUCCCAAGUACACGGCCCUCAGCCUGUACGAGGAGAAGUUGCUGCUGCGGCGGCUCGAAUCCUGUCCCCAUGCCCUGGCCCUGAGCGUCGAGGCCAAGAGGCUGCGCCGCAAGCUGCUGGUGAGGCAGUCCAAGCGGGAACGGGGGCUGCCCCUCUUCGAUCUGGAUCAGGCCGUGGAAGCUGCAGUGUCACUGGUCGGUGAGGUGUACCGAGCAAAGGAGGGAAACCACAUAGGCUCACCAGUGGGCAUCGGCGCCUUCCGCACCACCAGUCAGGAAUUACGCAUCUUGGACCGCUACCAGAUUUCGUUAUCUCACAUGAAAGGAUAUCAGGAGCAAAGGAUAACGUUUCUGCACCGGUUGACUGGAUCGGGAGACCUAAUGAACCAGAGCAUCAUCAGCCCCUAUACGUCACGCGUGCUCAAACCAUACAUCAGGCGUGACUUUGACUGCACACCUCCUAAACUCAAACUCCUGGCUGAAAUCCGGGCCUACCCACAUCGCAGCGAGCCUGACUGGGAGGCAGAGGCUGAAGCUCCCAUUGAUUACUGCUAUGUCUGCCCUGGUUUUAUCCCCACAAUUAACUCCAUGUGCCACGAGUUCUUCUGGCCAGGCAUUGACCUGUCCGAGUGCCUGCAGUACCCCGACUUCAGUGUCGUUGUUCUCUACAAGAAGGUUAUUAUUGGCUUUGGCUUCAUGGUUCCUGACGUGAAAUACAACCAGGCUUACAUCUCCUUCCUGCUGGUGCACCCGGAGUGGAGGAGAGCUGGGAUUGCAACCUUCAUGAUUUAUCACCUCAUUCAGACCUGCAUGGGCAAGGAUGUGACCCUGCACGUCUCUGCCAGUAACUCUGCCAUGCUCCUGUACCAGAAGUUUGGAUUCAAGGCUGAAGAGUACAUCUUGGAUUUUUAUGACAAGUACCACCCCUUGGAUAGUAAGCAGUGCAAGCACGCAUUUCUCCUCCGUCUGCGGAGAUAAUCUCGCAAUCCAGCUGGUGCAGAGUGAGCAAUGGAACAGAUCAUGUGCUCGAAGGAACAGUGCCCAACAAGUAGAUGUUAACUUGCAAACGACAGACAACCAAGUGUGAACAAGGGUCAAAAUACCGUCACAUAUUAAAGAAACUUUGUUUUGUAAGGCCAUUCUGCUGAAAGAGUGAGCCGUUUUACACACACUUCACAGCAGGCUGCAGGAGGGAACAGCGGCCAUUAUCCCCAUAUAGAGCACUGCCGGCUUUUGAGGCAGAGCGAAUAAAGGGAAAUGCAAAGGA